ACCCUUACCCUUGCUGAUUACCCCCCUCUCUCUCUCCUCUUGUGUACUGCUCUGAAUAACUUCAACUCAAUUCAUCCCGCACUGCCUGAAGCGACCAACUACUGCCCAACCACCGCCGAUAUUGGACCACUGAGCCGACUUCUGACCACCGCGGCGACCCGACGACCCCAGAAGGCGGCGAGCAAUAAUUGCAGAAUUGCAGAUUUGUUAGUUAUGGAGGAGAGAGAUAAUACUGGUACAAUUCCUCUUGAAAAAAUACGCAAAGAAGUGCCGCAGUUGAUUGCGGUGUUGAAAGAGAUGAAACAAGGUUUAGAUUUAGUUACAAGCAAAGUUGAAGCUUUAACAACUAAGGUGAAGGCGAAACAAUAUCCUACGUCAGAUGGGGUUAGCUAUCUGGAGGCCAAGCAUUUGCUGCUUAUAAAUUAUUGUCAGUCACUUGUGUAUUAUCUUCUCCGCAAGGCGAAGGGAUUGCCAAUAGAGGGACAUCCAGUUGUCCGGAGUCUUGUUGAGAUAAGAUUGUUUCUAGAGAAGAUACGCCCUAUAGACAAAAAAUGUGGCUAUCGGAUGGAGAGACUACUAUCAGCUGCUUCAACUGAUACGGUAAAAGUAGAGUUGACUGAAAACGUAGCAGAUGCCACUCAGAAGUCGGAGGAUCUCUUAAAAUACCGUCCUAAUCCGGACAUGCUUGUUAGCAAAACUGAUAUGAAUGAUGAUGAUAAUAGGGGUGUCUAUAAGCCUCCCAAGAUUGCUCCUACUACUAUGGAGGAAGGUAGGAAGUCCAAACAGGAGAGAGAUGCUGAGAGGAAAUCAAAGGACACUCUCCGCAGAGUUAGACAAAGUGAAUAUGUCAAGAGUUUAGUGGAUGAUCUAGAGGGAAGACCUGAAGAGGUGAGAGAAAUGGUUGGAGCUGAAAGUAGAGAAUUUUCUAAAUUCAAAGCUCAGUGGGAUAGACGUGAAGAACAGGAAGAGGAGAUCUUCAAUCGUGCUCCUAUUACAAAGGCAGAGAAAAGGAAGAUGAAACAUUUAAUGAGAUCCAAUGGGUUGCUUGGCUUGACUGAUAAUUUCUAUGAUGAGAUCAAAGCCUUGCCACUGGGAGAUGGUGCUGAUGAGCGGAAGUCAAAAGCCGGCUUUGGUAGUGCCGGCGGCUUGGAAAGAAAACACAAGAAGCGUAAGAAAAGGUUUUAAAAAGCGGCAUCAAUAGUUGAAGAAUUGAGACUGAUGCAGCAGGGUAUAUAGAUAUCCUUCAGCGUUCCAUUUUUCGUGCUGUUGGCUAAGGAUCGUUGGCGAUGCUUCGUCUUGCAUGUGAAAUUAUUGAGUAUACCCAAUGAAGUGAGACUUUGCACUCAUUAGUGAUGGUGAAGCUAAUAGAAAUUGCUUUGGUUCAGUGGAGAAACAUAAUUACAGUAGUCUAGGCAAAGUUUUGCACAUUUCAUUUUUACUUAUGUUACAUUUUUGGCCUUGCGUUGUCCCCUCUAGGCUUCGUUUGGUGUUUUGACAACAUGUUAUCUGGACUAAGUUGUGAAAGUUAUGGAGUAAUUGAUGCUUUUAUCUUGCAAA